AUGUCGCAAAGCCAUGCCCUCUCAGAUGAUCAGGUGAGUAGCUCUCUCGAUGCUACCCUCCCCCAGCAACCCCCGGCACCUGCGCGGUGGCUAAUCCCGUGGAACUUCAAGGUCGCGGGCGAGCUCCGCAAGAUGACCGCCUUCAUUCGGCAGGAGGCCAUGGAGAAGGCUCGCGAGAUUCAGUUGAAGGCCGACGAGGAGUUUGCGAUCGAGAAGUCCAAGCUUGUCCGCCAGGAAACCGCCGCUAUCGACACCCUUUACGAGAAGAAGUUCAAGCAGGCCGCCAUGUCCCAACAGAUCACCCGCUCGACCCUCUCCAACCGGACCCGUCUCCGCGUUCUUGGCGGUCGUCAGGAGCUUCUGGACGACCUUUUCCAGAGGGCUCGUGACGAGGUCACCAAGGUUGCUGGCAAUGAUAAGAAGUACCAGGGCAUGCUGCAGGGGCUGAUCCUCGAGGGCCUGUACUAUCUGAACGAGGAUAAGGCGGAGAUCCGCACACGCAAGAAGGACUUCGACACUGCCAAGAAAGCGAUCGAGGAGGCCGCAAAGGAGUACCAGAAGAAUGUUGGCUCGAAAGUGUCUGUCAGCCUGGACGAGUCGGAGCCGCUACCGGAGGGAUCUGCUGGCGGUGCGGUUAUUGUCGGUGGACAGGGCAAGAUUGAGAUCAACAACACCUUUGAGGAGCGUCUGCGGCUAUUGGAGAUCGAUGCUCUUCCUGCGGUCCGAGAAACACUGUUCGGAAAGAACGAGAACCGGCGGUUCUAUGACUAG